AUGAAUUCAGAAGGAUUUGUUAGCCUUAUGAUGGAAAAAGAUGAUUCUUAUUAAUUUUAACCUACUGAAAAUAAAUUUAAAAUAAAUAAUGACGAUGAUUUUUAUAGAUAAUUAAGUUAAGAGUUUUAUGGUCAAUAAAAUUCAUCCUAUUUUAAAAAAAACAAAAAACUAAUAAAAACAAUCGACACACACAAAUUUAAAUCAAAACCUCCAUUCUAAACAAGUGAAUCUUAAAAAUCCCAGUAUUCCUUUACUAACCAAUAAUAAUCAUAAUAAAUAAUACAAUAAAAGAUCUAUAAAUUAUUUACUAAAUAAACUCCAUUUCAAUAGACUUUGAGUAAAUAGCUUGACAGAUCCAUAUACAAAGCUAGAAAUCUCUAUGACAACACUCCUUAAUUUACUUUUAAGCUCAAUGUCUCAAACUCUUCCAAGAACCUACUGAAACAACAAUCUCCCCAACUUAGCUAGCGAUCAAAGUUAAAUGAGGAAGAUUACUAAGGGUUUUAAUAACAGCGUUCUCAUAGAAAUACUUUGAAUAGUUGUGACAAAAGUAUAAAAAAGUAAGAUAAAACAUCUGACAUCUAUUAUCCUUUAAAAUUGAACCCAUAUAAAGCUAAAGAAAUUGGAAAUUUGUUUCAGUUAUCAUUUAGAAGUAAACAGUGA